AUGCCCAACUUCAGCUCUGUGAGUGAGUUCCUGCUGCUGGCAUUCAGAGACACGCGUGAGCUGCAGCUCCUGCACUUCGCGCUCUUCCUGGGCAUCUACCUGGCUGCCCUCCUGGGCAACGGCCUCAUCAUCAGCGCCGUAGCCUGCCACCAUCGCCUCCACACCCCCAUGUACUUCUUCCUCCUCAACCUCGCCCUCCUCGACCUGGGCUGCAUCUCCACCACUCUGCCCAAAGCCAUGGACAAUGCCCUCUGGAACACCAGGGCCAUCUCCUAUCAAGGAUGUGUUGCACAGGUCUUUUUGUUUGUCUUCUUGAUUGCAUCAGAAUUUUAUCUUCUCACCGUCAUGGCCUACGAUCGCUACGUUGCCAUCUGCAAGCCCCUGCACUACGGGAGCCUCCUGGGCAGCAGAGCUUGUGCCCAGAUGGCAGCAGCUGCCUGGGGCAGUGGCUUUCUCAAUGCUGCCCUGCAGACGGCCAAUGCGUUUUCCCUACCCCUCUGUCGAGGCAAUGCUGUGGACCAGUUCUUCUGUGAAAUCCCCCAGAUCCUCAAGCUCUCCUGCUCAGAUGGCUACCUCAGGGAAGUUGGGGCUCUUGUGUUUAGUUUUUCUUCAUGCUUUGGUUGUUUUGUUUUCAUUGUUUUCUCCUACAUGCAGAUCUUCAGGGCAGUGCUGAGGAUGCCCUCUUCUCAGGGCCGGCACAAAGCCUUUUCCACGUGCCUCCCUCACCUGGCUGUGGUCUCCCUGAUGGUCAGCACUGCUGCGUUUGCCUACCUGAAGCCCCCCUUCAUUUCCUCACCAUCCCUGGACCUGGUGGUCGCACUUCUCUACUCAGUGGUGCCUCCAGCAGUGAACCCCCUCAUCUACAGCAUGAGGAACCAGGAGCUCAAGGAUGCAGUGAGGAAACUGUUUCCAUACAUUCUUCUUAAGCAUCCAUGAUGUGUUCAGAAGAUCUAUUCUUAAUA